AUGAAGUUGCUUAAUCCAAGUUCAAUAAAAAGUAAAGUUGCUAACUAGUAGAUCAAAUAUUAAGCAUUUUUUGCAAUUUUGAACUAGGUUCAUUUCAUAAUUUAUAUUAUAAUAUUAUUUAAGGUUUAAUUUUCAAACUAGGGGUAAGGUAUUUUAUUCAAGUGAAUGCUUGCGCAGGAAAAAGUCUUUUGAUCAAAAAUUCCUCAAAAGAUUGCCACUGCUAACCGAAGAAAGCUGAAACCACGAAAGACAUACAUAUUCACCAACCAAGUAUCAAACCGCUAGAAGUCUCAUAAAAGUAAGCUCUGGGCUUCUUAUUUAA